AUGUCUUCGCAACCACUUCUCCAGACCGCACNNCCGCGCAUCGCCCUUCCCACUCGCGUUGAGCCCAAGGUCUUCUUCGCCAACGAACGUACCUUUCUCAGUUGGCUAAACUUCACUGUCAUCCUGGGCGGUCUCGCCGUCGGUCUUCUCAACUUUGGCGACAAGGUCGGCCAGAUCUCUGCUGGUCUCUUCACUCUGGUUGCCAUGGCCACUAUGAUCUAUGCCUUGGUCACUUUCCACUGGAGAGCAAAGAGCAUUCGUCUGAGAGGUCAGAGUGGUUUCGACGACCGCUUCGGUCCCACUGUUCUGGCCAUUGCCCUGUUGGCCGCUGUCAUUGUCAACUUUGUCCUCCGUGUCACCGGAGCUGGUGGCAGCCAC